AUGUCCCUAGGCCAUGCCCGCCAGCGCUCCAACUCAGCAAAGGGCUCCUCCAUUCGAUCAGACGUCAAGUUCCAAAUCCCCACCCCGAGCAUCACCCCCCAAAACGACGAGUUCGCAUUCCAGCCAUGCGCCGCAACCGGCUCGUUCCUGCUGUACGCGCAGCAGAACAUCAUCUACUGCCUACACCACGACACCCUGGCCGUAGAGAAGCGCUUCGAGAGACACCGAGAAGACGUGGCCUGGAUCUCGACCGACAACGUUAGCGAGCGCGGCGCAGGCCGACUGGUCCUGAGCUACGACACCGGCUCGACCGCCAUAGUCUGGGAUCUGCUGUCCGGAGAUGAAGUCGCGCGCUUUGCUUCGUACGAGCAGAUCAGGGUGGCCACGUGGAUGAGAAACGGAAAUGUUGCCUUUGGAAACGCCCAGGGCAACAUCAUCCUAUUCGAGCCCUCCACAUCCGAGCACCUCUCCGCAAGAACCAUCUUCGACCCCAUCACCGCGCUAGCGCCAGCUUCAGACUGCCGCACUUUCGCAAUUGGCUACCACAAUGGCUCCAUCCUCAUUGCGACACUGCAGCCCACCUUCACCAUCAUCCACACCUUGACCACGCCCAGGAUCCCCUCCCCUGUGGCCGGCCUGGCUUGGCAUGGUUCUUCCUCGAAGCAAAAGUCCGAAAUGUUGGCUGCUCAAGCAUCAGACGGUGACCUUAGAGUGUGGAGCGUCCCCAAGUCUUCGCAUGGCGGCGAUGCACCCUGUGUCAUUCGUGUGCUCAACAAGUCGGAAUCGAGAGAAGCUGGCCCUUGCUGGUUCUCCUGGUCCAAGAACGGCCGAAUCGUCCAAUACACGGAAGGCCAAACCUGCUCGUGGGACGUUCGCACCAAGCGAGUCACGUAUGAAACCGUUCCCACGACCCAAGAUGUUGCCGCUAUCUGCAGCUAUGGCCCGACGGCCACGCUGUUCACCGUGAGCCAGAGCUACAGUGUUCAGCAGUACGACAUCAACCCUAGCAGCACACCAACAAUGGUUGCCAACGUCCAGCAUGCACCCGCAGAACCACCUCCUUCGCCCCCGGUCUCCUUGGAUGAGCAGAGACAGAUACACCUGCAACUCGAUGAGGAGCCGGUGACAGCCCGCCCAAUCAAGACUGCGCCUCAGAUGCUCCUUGCCUCGGAGGCUAGCGAGGACGAGGACAUCAUGAUGUCGCCACUGCAGAAGAUUGCAAAUGAGCUCGUCGAGUUGGAAGAAGAGCGUCGUGACCGUGUCGGACCCCUGAGUCCAGUGUCAAGUCGCGGAUCCCUGAGCUCGCGUUCCUCUGCUGGUAGCGGGCGCCAACCACGAUAUCGCUACGACAGGCCCACGUGGGGGACGGCCCGAUCGUCGAGGAGUGCAGCUUCUGGCGCCUCGGGCACCGUUUUCUCCUCCGGAGACUCGUCUUUCGCAGAAGGCGCUUCGCAAGCCAGCAUCUCCAUCCGUUCCGCUACCUCGGCCGCAGCGUCGUCUCGAUACGGCUCGUCAGCCCUUCGCAAGGAGGUGAUGCGUAGCCCAGACGAGUCGAAGAAGACCCAGAAGCUGGAUUUGUUCCCUUUCACCAAAGCCAGGCUCGCCGACGUUCCCUUCCGACCCACAGAGCUGGGGCCCGAGCGAACGCCAAAUGACCUUAGACGAAACCUGCUCAAAGUGGUGUUCGGAUGGGAAAACGACAUCGACGAACUUGUUCGGGAUGAGCUCGCACGCCACCCUGCUGGGUCGGCUGCGGCUGUCCUUCUUUCCAAGUGGCUUGGUGAACUGGGAGCUGACUUCAUGGCAUCCAUGGUCGGUUCCGAGUCUAUGACUUCUUCUGACUGGAUGCUUCUUGCGUUGAGUAACAUGGGGCAAGGCUCGCAGAAAAAGGUGGGCGAGGCUUUUGUCCAGCGGCUGCUGGAGAAGGGCGACGUCCAUCCCGCGGUCGCUAUUCUCCUUGGUCUGGGCGAGAACAACGAUGCUAUUGAAGUCUACGUCUCCCAGAAGCAGUACAUGGAAGCUGUCCUCUUGACCUGUCUUAUAUUCCCUACGGACUGGCAAAGACAGUCUUUCCUGGUGAGGAAAUGGGGUGAGGUGGCAGUCGCCAAGGGCAAAGCCGAGUUGGCAGUGAGGUGCUUCUCUUGCAUGGGCCUCGAAGCCACCGAGCCGUGGUUCUCUCCUCGAGCUCAGGAUGCAGUCUUCUCUGCUCAAAAACAAGCUCUGCUCGGCUCGCAGCUCAGCCCGCCAUUGUCUCCUCCAAGCGUGGGUAGCAGUCGAGUCGUCGCCAGGAUGGCGUCUCUCAAGCUUGUCACAGACUUUUCUCGUGGACCGCAGCCCAGACAGAUUGUUAGAGGGGAAGAAGACGAGCAAACCCCGAUGAACCAUGGCACCACCCCGAUCGCCGAAUCUGCAACCACCCCGGCAGUAGGCACUCACGGCUGGAUCGGCCGCGGAGCCGCUCGAGACAGAUCUUUGGAGCCUUCUUCUGCACGGACCGCGACUCCAGGAGCGUAUGGCAGCAGAAGACGAAUGGCAUCUCGGUCUGACGCUGGACGCUCUACGAACACCAACGAAAGCCUGGCUACCCUCGCCCUUCCCGAUCGUGGACAACGAGCUGAAUCCAAACCAAGGACUGCCAUCGACAACGUCGGACGUGAAGCUGAGACCCUGCCAUUCUCGACCAGACGUACCACCUCCGCAGGCAACGCCAACGACUUUGUCCUCUCGGCAUCCACGUUUGCACCUGCUAAAGCUAACGAUCACCUUCCCUCUCCCGCGGUGGGCGUUUUCGACGCCUACAAAGAGAAGUCAACGGUGUCGCGCACCAGUUCUCGCAGCAGAAACCAGAGAGACCUCCAUCUAGCGAUGCAGAAGACUGUCGUUGAGGCAGGUCCAGACACGCACUACACCAACAACUUGAGUCCGCCCCUCACUGACGCGAGCCUGAAGAGUGCAAAGGCGCGCAGCAUCGAUCAGUACAUCAAUAGCCUCGAUGAAGCUACACACUUUGCUCGCGAGCGUGCUGACUCUAGAGACGAGGAAAGACCUGCCUCACGCACAGCCAAGGCGCGCAGCCGAACUCGCGAUGGAUCUGAAGGUCGUGGGCGAACCGAUGUCCGCUACAUUCGAGCCGCCAAGCGGUCGCCAUCGUCUCCUGUGCCCAUGUCGCAUGAGGAUGUUGGUGUGAACAGCACGGAAGAGGCCGCAGCGAACAGCGAGAGUUACGACGACGAGCGAUUCUACAAGAUGGAGGUGGCCUCCCCAAUCGCCACAGAAUCGAUAGCGAGCACCCGCAGAGCACGCAGUCGCGCACGGUACGGCACAAGCAAGACCAGAGCCUCGUCCAAGACUGCACAACGCGCCGAGUCCCCCGAAGGCGUCAUGGGCACCCGCAGCAGAGGCGCCAGUCGAGCUUCCAGUCGCCGCCCAGCUGCCGACCGGGGUCGUAGCGGUAUGCGCGGAGACCGCUCACCUGAAUCUCCGCAGUCGAUGCGAGCAGAAGAUUUCGUGAGCAGCGCAGACACCAACGCUGCUCGCCCACGUCAACGCAGCGUCAGCCGCCAACCUCGAGACCGGUCCAUUAGCAGGAGGCCCACGCCUGCGAUUCGAGGAUCCAGCCUGACCCGCAACCAGAUGAGGGCCGGAUCGCCAGAUUCCCUUUCGUCCAGCCUCCACGGCGCACCUCGAUCGCGUCCUCUAACACGGACCCGGAAGGAACUUGCAGCGAAAGAGCUGGAAGCCCGCCGACUGUCGUUGGCCCGACGUCCUUCAGCACCUGCGAUCCCUCAUCCCGAGGAGUUCAAAUUCCGGCCGCUGUCUGGAGGACGCUCCAACACGGACGAUAUGCUGGGCUCAAUGUCAAUGUAUCGCGAUCCGAUCCAGCGGAGCCAGACAGCGGAUCCGAUCAACAAACCAGCAAACAGAUUCUUGGCCAAAGGAACCUCCACGCCUUCGGUACCUAUCGGUCUGCCGGCCAACCCCCGGGCCAUGCGUCAUCCGAGGUACAUGAGUGCAGAGCCUGAGGAAUGGGAGGAGGUACCUGCUGUGCCCGCCAUCCCGCAAAACCAUCAAUAUCCCCAGGAGCCACAAGAAGCUCAGGAGGACGACGUCGGCCCGCUACUUCCCGCAACCACGUUCCUGCCCUCUACCACAUUCGGGCAGUCAGCUAACCUGCCUCGCUCUGCAUCGGCACCCCCGCAGGAGAUUCUUCUGCCAAACGCCUUCCCUGGUGCAGGAAGACGUCCAUCUCUCAGUGGGCCUCGCAGCCACACGCGGAUGAACUCGCCACCGGAGAUCUUGGUGCCCUCCAACUACAAGCGUGUCAGCCCACCCCCGUUCAGGAACAGCAUCGACGGCACCAUCAACGAGACUCAGGUGAUCAUCAUCGAGGAGGAAGAUGUCGCGCCGCCGGUCCUCUCGCAGCUCCAGCAUCUGGGUGCUCCACCGCCGCCACCGCCGCCGCCGCCACCACCGCCACCUCCCCCACCGUUCCAUUUCGGCGGCGGUGCUGCUCCUAACGGGGUCACUGUGGUGAGUGUAGCGAUAGAGGAACAGCCACAGCGCGUUUCGCCGACGAACAUGUCUGCAGCUGGCUCGCCUCAAGCCCAUCGACGAGGUCGCGGCAGUGUCAGCGAGAACCUUGGAUCGACGUUCAGACGCGUGACCGACCGCAUGCGCAGCACCAGUCGAUCGGGACACAGAUCGCCACCAGCUGGGCGUUCUGACCUUGCAGCUCCGUACGAAAGCGUAGCGGACUACUCAUACUCUCGGGGCCCAGCUACGCGUUCGCCCGGCGAGGGAAACCACCUGGACGCGUACUUUAACAGCAUGCCACCGCCUCCGCCGCCGGCCCCGACGCAGCCGUGGGAGGCAGUGGUUCCGGCCAGCGAGGACCAGAGCUUCUACCGACACCCGAAGGAGGUGCGUGCCAACAUGCCGCCCCAGACGCUGCAGGCGGGGGUGUACAAGCCCGAGGCGACGCCGAUGAUCUGA